AUGGGCUGUCGGUCGCCGCUUAUCGUAGCUAUGCUUGCAUCUUCUAUAGGAGCCUUAUUCAUGUAUUCAAAUGCAGGACCAGCGCUCUUCUGGAACGCAGUAAUCAUGACUAUAGUGGGUAUCACUAUUUCUGGACCAUACAAUCUCAUUGUUGGAACAAUAUCAAUAGACUUAGGAUCUCAACCUGCUCUACAAAAUAAUGCUCAAGCCAUGUCCACUGUCUCUGGAUUGUUGGACGGUACCGGAUCCGUUGGCAGCGCCGUCGGUCAGCUGGGCAUUCCAGUUUUACAAAAUGUUUUUGGAUGGCAGUCUGUGUUCUACCUCUUUAUGUUCUUGAAUCUUCUCGCGAUUGUCUGCAUCAUGCGACGCUGCCUUGCCGAUCUAAGGUUAAUGUUUGAGAAAUCUAAUGAGCUUACUCCUCUUCUCAUAGAAGAGAGCGAUGAGUAG